UGAGCACUAGAGUGUGUGUGUGUCUUUACAGAGCAUUUAAUGUCUUUGUGUGCCUCUCUCUCUCUCUCUCUCUCUCUCUCUCUCUCUCUGCGCUGCAGUGGGGGAGUUUAUUCAGUGGCUCACACGAGGGGACGAGACAGCAGCAACCUCCCCUCACCUGCCUGCUCGCCCCACUCCCGUCCUCCUCUCCUCCAUCACAGUGACGCUGCUCUGAACGGGACCAGAAUUUCACCCCUCAGCUGGAGGAACUGAUCCAGUUUGGUGGCUUUUUCCCAUAAACACUGCUUAAGGAUUUUCGGGAAAAGAAACAUGCCAGUAUGGAUUAUUCAAAUCCUGGCCAAACAAAAGGACGCAGCACUCUUGAGAGGAAGAAGAGAAAGAGGGAUGACACGCCUCAUACCUGACUUUCUUUCUUUUAGAGUCUGAUUUUUCUUUUUCUUUCUCACGACUCAUGGCUUUUUCAUACUUGUUGGAGACUGAAGGGUGUGUUGAUGUUGGAUGCCGUCUAGUUGAGGAAUACUUCUGAGACUGUUGCGCUAUUUUUUUUCUGAAAUCUUUCCCUCAAAGUCUUCACAAGCCGUCCUGCUCCUAUGUUAAACUCUCUGAGGUUAUUUCAGGUGAAAUAUGCCAGUCUUCUGUGUUUGCAUGAGUGUGUGUGGUCACAUUUGACCCGUCUGUGUAUGUGGGCGUACGAGGGCGACGCCUGUUAACGUCUCAGAGUGCGCUCAGUCCGUCUGGCACAUUACUGCAGCAUGAACGGCUAGCCUGUAAUCUCAAACAGCAGGGUGCGUGAAUCAACACCAGCCCUUUGACAGUUUAAUGAGGUUAAAGCGUUCAGCCGUCGUGAAGUGUGUUCAAAUAAACACCGGUUUGUUUGAGAGUCAGCAUUUGGAAAAUAUGAAUAAAGAGUUCUGUUUAAAAUGAGCAGUGCUUAAGUGGUAAUCCUGUGACAGCAUUUUUAGUGAUAGUUCCCUGAGAAACUAAACAAGAAGUGAUGAGAAAGUGUGAAGUAGACAGAAAGAGGAAAGGAAAAGCUAAUCAAAUCAGCUAGUAGUGCAAACUAGCUACAAACUGUUUCUUUUGUAAAGACUGCUGCCUCAGAUUAGAUGAAGAUUUACACGCACCUUCGGACAGCUCAGCCACCUCUGCACGAAAGUGUGCUAGCAGAACGACAAGCAUUUGUGUGAUAAUUACAUUUCAAAACCCACUGAGCUCCAAAGACAUCCAACUGCUAUCUUGUUAAGAAAGAAAUUGAUUUCUAUGUGACAGAGCACCAAUGAUCACUAUUAAGGGCUUGUGUUAUUCAAUUGAAUUUUCCUUCAUUGAUCUAAAUAAUGCAAGAUUCUCACUGUUGAGGAAUUGGGUUAAUUAUAACCAUAAUGUACAGAGCUUUAUUACAAAAUAAAAUAUAAAUGCAUAAUAGUUGUUCUUUUUGGAAACCAAAGUUCAGUGUACAUGAAGCCGCUCCUUCUAAUGCAUCCUGCUCAGUCCGAUCUUGACGGAUCUGGUGGUGUUUGGUAUCUAUGGUGGUGAAAUGUACAGAUGGGCAGGCAGUCAAGUGAAAGAUGUUUGCUGUUGUUCGCACCUAAGGAGAAGCGUUUAACACGGACGUAGGAGUGCGUGGGACUGAAUUUUCCUCAAGCGCACUGACUCUCUCACCUCACGCUUUCACAUGUGCAACCAGUUUUUACCGAUUCAUCCAGCGUGCAACAUGCAUUUUUAUCCAGCUGAGCGCAAUGCGCACUCCACAGUUCAGAGUCUCUGAGAGAUGAGAGACUGACAAGAAACACCUACGUGAAUGUAGAAACUCAAGCAGAGGUUCAAAGAGGGAGAUACAAGAAAAGCUACCGUAGUGAAAGCGGAACAGGUGGAAAAGCACAAAGCCAAAGUGAGGCACUUGAAAUCAUUCUGUAUGGAUACGUGAAGGCGUUAAGCAAACUCAAACCGCUCUUCAAUAUUCACAGCAGUUGAUCGAAUCUGGGAGAGAAUCAUGGAUUUCAGGUUUCACUGUGUGAAGAGGAAAUGUGUGGAAAAUAAUCAGUAGAUACAGUCAAGAAUUUCGUCUGCAGUUCAAUUCAAAAUGAAAAACACCUGACGCUCUUGAGGGCUUCUGUAGUAAAUAGUUGUGUUAUGAUAAAAUAUUCUGUUUUGACCAGUUGUUGUUUUCAAUUUCCGUCAAAAACUCUGGCAGAUAAAAAAAUGGAAUUAAACUGCCCACUUUUUGGAAGCAAAAACCUGAAACAAAGCCACAGAUUUCGUCAAAAACUGUGAGGCAAAAGUAAUUUUCAUUCUUGGAGAGCUCUUCCUUUAAGGUCUCUCUUGACCGAACAUUCAAUCUGUCCAAUUAUCCUUCCAUCGCUUUGGAAUAAAACACGCAACAUGGAACAUAACGCAACCACGUACAUGCAGCAUUUACUGAUUUAGGAGUAAUUUGGAUGUAGUCCCAGAAAAGCGCUGGUGGAAGUGGCCUUGAUAAAAGCGUGAGAGCAAACACAGAAGCGUUAUUUCAAGCUGAAUUCCCUGAAUUAAGCACAUCAAUGGGGACAGGAACAGAAGAAGUGCUGUACUACAACAUUUCACUUCAAGCACAAAUGGACUUUUUUACAUACUGGAAUUCAUUUGUUUUAACGCUGCCCAAUAGACUUGAGAAAGGAGAGUUUGGACUUCUUGUACAGAGGAGUUUUUUAGUUAGGUAGGAUGAAAUAGACUGUUUAAAAACUGACAUUUUUUAAAGCCAUGAGAUUUAUUCGUGCAUGUGUCUCUGAACCAGAAAUGCUUUUAAUGUGGUUCUCCUACUGAAGACCCAAGUACGUUCAUUGAACUCACUGGACUUAGCCGAGCUGUCACCGGGGAUCUGGGAUCUGCUGCUUGGCUGAAGAAGCACAGCCGUUGCUCUGUAUAGGUGAUCUGAGCAGGUCCGUGGCCUGAAGGUGUCAGGGUUCAGACGUCAGGAUGGGGUGUAACAUGUGCGUGGUGCAGAAGCCCGAGGAGCAGUACAGGGUCAUGUUCCAGAGGAGGCGGAUAAACAGCAUGCUGUGCUCUUUUAAUGGGGAGGUUGGAAUAAAGGUGAACAGUAGAGACCUGGCUGGGCUCUCUCAGGAGCAGAGCCUGCAUGCGCUGCGCUGCCGGAGGAACAUGAGGUGGGGUCCGAGGAGGAAAGCAGCCAUGCCUGGAGCUGCUGGGGGGACGAUGGUAACGACUGACUGUGUGGACAGUGGGACGCAGACAGUUAUUAGCUUCCAGCACAUGGUGACAUUAAGCAGACCCGUCCAUCACAACAGACCAGUGUCACCUCCAUCCCCUCCAUUGCCGCCAAUACCAGAGCCCUACCUCUUCAGCCAGCUCCCUGCUAUUGACCAUGUGUACUACGACCCAACGGACUACUUUGACAUCAGUCAACAUGAGGUGGACAGACAAGAUGUCCUGGAGUAUGAGGAGGUGGAACUGUGUAAAUCUUCUCAGCAAGAUAAACUGGGUUUAAUGGUGUGUUAUCGCACAGAUGAUGAAGAGGAUCUGGGUAUCUAUGUGGGUGAGGUCAACCCUAAUAGCAUUGCUGCUAAAGAUGGGCGAAUCCGUGAGGGAGACAGAAUAUUGCAGAUAAAUGGGAUGGAUGUGCAGAACAGAGAGGAAGCAGUGGCCAUCCUGACCAGAGAGGACAGCACCAACAUCUCUCUGCUACUGGCACGACCAGAUAUUGAGAAUGAGGCUGAUGAUCUAGAUUUGGAGUUGGGUGUGGGCCUGGAUCUAGAGGACUUGGAAAAUGUCUCUAACUCACCCAGCCCUCAGCAACGAAGGGAAACUAGCUCUUUGUUGAGCGACAUCAAUGGGAUCCGAGCUGCUCGGCCCAACUUGUGGCACACUGCUCUCAAUAACAGCCAGGAGCUGGACAGCGGGGUGGGUCGCACCGAUGAAAGCACACGCUGUGAAGAGUCCUCCGAGCUGGCCGAUGAUGCCACCAGUGCAUGCACAACCAAUGCCACCAAUACACCUGGCAGUUUGCGCAAGUUCCGCGCUGCUCAGCACGGAUGGGAAUACAUCCACUACAGCAACGACUCACUGCUGGGGCCAGAUGGGGUGGGAGCAGUGGAUCAUGGGGCUCCUGAAUCACUGGGCUCAGUGACCAGCAGAGUGCAGAUGCCAGGGUUAACUGAAGAGGAAUAUGAACGCUACCGAGAGCUACUGGAGAUCCGGUGCCUUUACGAGAAGAACGGAAAUGCACUUUUUCUUUUGGAUGGAAGGAACCAUGGUGGAGGAGUUGGGGAUUUUCCAGGAGCAGGUGUUCCUGUAGACAUGAAUUGUAAUGAGAGCCUGAUGCAGCACGAGAUUGCCCUUCUAGAUGAGGAAAUACGGCACCUGGAGUUUAAGUGGCGCAAUGUUUUGCGGGCUCAAAAGAUGCAGCAGUUGCGGCAACGCUGCCUAAAGGUCUGGCCAGCUGACGAAGAGGAUGACGAAGAAAAAGGAGCAAAGGCAAGGUGUGGAGGUGCAGAGGCGAUCCACCAUGACCUGUCAGAUAUCAACGAGAUCCCGGAAAGGGAACGCUCUGAUAAGGAGAGUACAAGCGCUUAUGCAGACGGCGGGGAAAGUUGUAGAAGCACGCCUUUGGCAAGUGAACGAUACCCUUCACUGUCUCCGGCUGGAGAUUCCAGUGCCUCUGCAACCAUGCGAUCUCGGACGCCCCGUCACAGAACAAGCACAAACAGGGAAAAGAAUCUAAACUUACCUUCUUCAUCGGAUGCCAAGAAAAAAAGUGAAGAAACAGGGGACAACAAAAACUCUACUCCAACAAGGCUUCGGUCAUUAUCCCGGAAUGGCGGGAGUAGUAGAAAGGACUUGGAUGGAGCACGACGGGGGUCCCAUGCAAAUGAGAGUCUCACUACAGGGAUUGUGAAAGGUGGAAGGAGUGCAGAAAACAGUCCAUACCUAUCCCGUCGCCGCUGCAGUACCACGCUGCCUCAACGCUACCAGAGUUGCAUGCAGUUGAGGGACAUGUCAACAAAUGACAGUCCAGAAGUUAGGGACGCCACUGAAGAGGUUCCUUCUCACUCCAGUACCUUAACUAGUGCUGCUCCUGCAACUUCUUUGAUUAUACCUCCUCCACUGCCUCCAUCUUCACCUCGAAUGGAGUGGAAGGUAAAGAUCCGCAGCGACGGCUCACGUUAUGUCGCUAAACGUCCGGUAAGGGAUCGUUUGCUAAAGGCUCGUGCCAUGAAGAUUCGAGAGGAGCGCAGUGGGAUGACCACGGACGAUGAUGCGGUAAGUGAAAUGAAGAUGGGACGCUACUGGAGCAAGGAGGAGCGUAAGCAGCAGCUGCUGAGAGCUCGUGAGCAACGGAGACGCCGUGAAUUCAUGAUGCAGAGCCGACUGGACUUCUUGCGGGAGAAAGAGAAGGAACAAGACUCCGGACCUCAAGGACAGGCGUCCAUACUUGAGCUGAGCCAGAAAAAGAGUAUGAAGAAACGCAGUCGACGCAUCCUGGACAACUGGAUCACCAUUCAGGAGCUGCUGGCACAUGGGACCUGUUCUGUAGAUGGGAAGAAAGUGUACAACCCUUUGCUAUCUGUGACCACUGUUUAAUAAAUGGUGUGAAAUGAGACCUUUUCACAAGGAAAAAGAUAUUUGGACUACAAAAUUCACCAAUUAUUUGUGGUUGUCUGACAAAAAUGCCAAGUAGUCACGAAACGAUGAAUAUAAAUGUACAAGACAGAAAGACUAAUUGAAAAUGAAUGUAAAUUUUCAUAAUUAACAUGAACUCUGGGAGCAGCUCUCUGUUCCUAUACACUGCUUUGAUGCUUGAAAUUUCAGAGUCACUCUCAGACUGUUACAAAAAAGCGCUAUACAAAUAAACUUGAAUUGAAGUGGUGGUCUUGAGCAUUUCCAAACCUGAUUUAAACUUUUUCUUUAAUAAACACUUCAAUCUGAGAACAUUUUAUGAUAAGAGAAAAAGUUCAAGGGCCUGUUGCUUAAACUGCUUAGACUAUUAGUCAUCUCUUGUUGGUCAGAAUAGUUUUUAAGCAGUGUUUAUGCAAUUGGCCACAGAUCUCGUGUUUUUUUUUUUGUUUUUUUUUUUUUUGAGGAAAUUACAAAGUUAACCUGGUGAUUAAGUGGUGAUUAAGUGGUGGUUAAGAAAUUGCUGCUGUUGUUUUGGCUCAACAUGUAUGUUCUUCACCUGUAAAUGUAAAAGAACAAGAAAAUUAUGAACCAUUACUUAACAGUUGACUUUUUGAGUUGAUUUCACAAUUUUAGAAGCAUAUUAAUCCAUUGAACAAAAGAACCAAAAAGCACAUUGACAACAAAAGUACAAAAAGCAGGACAUUUUCAGCACACAAAUAUAGGCACAACAAGGUAAUGUCAAGUGUCAAACACUAACAUUGUCCAAAGAAAAAUGAUUUGAUUGUGUAUUUUGUGUGGUACAUUUGUCAACACUCAAGGAACACAUCAGAUGUUAUUAUCACUCUUAAAAAUUAUUUUGUUGUCAGCUUGCAAAAUCACAUUUCAAACUUAUUCUUUGAUAUUGUAAAAAGUACAGUUAUGGCCGAAAAUAUCGGCACCCUUGGUAAAUAUGAUCAAAGAACGCUGUGAAAAUUAAUCUGCAUUUUUAAU